GCGCUGUAAGCAAAAAGCAAAACACCUGGAAGUUAUCCGGAACAUUACAUGCAUGUACAUGUACAUUACAUGGCAUGAAUUGCAGACUACUCGUGUCAUAAGCUGGCGAUUCAAAGAAUUCGCCUUCGAAUGGUUAACGAACGUGCGUUGGGAAUCAGGUUUUGUUUGGAAUUAAUCAGAAGAAGCUCGAUGAUAUCUUAUUAAACAACCGGAAGAAAAAAUCAUGACUACAAGGCAUGAAGAUUGCUGGCCCUAAAUAUGCGGUAAAUAUUCCGUUUUUGUUUUCAGAACGUUGCUUUGAUUUUAAAGCUUAAACAGGCACAACAUCGUUAUUUUAUAGCACAGUAACAUAACAGAGGCACAAAAAAUAUAGGCGAAUAUACAAUUAACAGCAGACAGAAGACCAGUUAUUUGUGAAUGUAAUGCACAUUGUUGUAGCUCGCAAUAGCCUCACAUUAUAAAAAGUAAACUUCGCAAGUAACCCAGGUAUCUAGAUGUUUCAUUUUAGGCCUUCGUUUUUUCCAGCCAAAAUAUUCUCGGCGAAUUGUGUCGUUAAAAGGACUUCCUCGGUUGAUUGUCCGGCUACCAAACGAUAUGAGAUACACUGGUAGCGAUUUUUAUUAGCCCGCGCCGAUUACCCGAUUAACAUCUAUCCGCUUUCAAUCAAAACACCAAAAAAAUUUUAAAAGAAGAAAUAAAAUUAUGACUUAAAUUGGACGAAAUAACAUUGUUUUGAAUUCACUGAGUGUGAUGUCGUAUUGUGAAGUCAAUAAAGGUAUACGUAUAUUUAAAUUUUUACUCCACAGAUGCGACAGAAACCACCGGUGUCGUAUAAGAUAAGAUUUGAAACUUAGUGCACUGUUUUUUUUUUUUUAAUGAAACGUUCCUAAAUAUGCUUUGGUGAUAAAAAUUAUACCAAUGCUGAAAUGGUAGCUAUUUGUAAAAAAAAAAAUACUAUCUAGAAAAUUGUGUAUAUAACUAAAAUUAUAUAUGAUUCAAACACUGGGCGACUAGAUCACUUGGAAAGCCCAAUCUGCAUCAAACAAUUGUUAUUAUAUUCCUUCAAUUCUUUAUUCAGGAGUCCUGGGCCAAUUCUAAAGAGCCCUCAGAACAAUUUCAUUACCAAUUUUACAUUUGCAGCGAUCCCUAGUAAGGCUGAUACAUGUUUACAAAAAAGAUAAGCCAAUAAAGUAAACAUUGAUAAUUUUUUUAUUAAUUGGCCAGUGAUACACAAUACUACCUUAACAUAAAGUGCGUGUGUGUUUUUAUUAUCACUAUCAUUUUUAACGUCUCUAAAUUUACGGAGAAACCGUUUGACUUUGAAGUUGCAAGCGGUUAAAAAUAUUUUAAUGAAUACAAUCAAAGUUCAGGCUUUGCUGUAUAAUUACCCUAACCCUAAAACAGUAUUCUUUAAAAAAGAUAGACCCCGACCCAGACCCACGACGUGAUGAGACCACUGGUUUCCUUACGAAAUGACGUCUGAGAAACGAGCGCAAAAAUUCAUACUGAUGACGUGUCACUACCCCGAUCUGGAUAGUGCUUCUGAUUGGUUUAAGCAAAUUUUCCUCGCGGUAUGACUAACCAGAAGCUCCACCCAGAUCGGGGGAGUGACGUUUCAUCAGUAUGGAAUUUCUGCGCUCGUUUCUCGAAUGUCAGUUCGCGAGGAAACCAUAUUGAUGGCGUUACGAAAGGUCGGCUGUUUUGUCAGGCUAAUUUUAUUUGCAUCUGUAAGUUUUCACAGGAGGGGAGAAGUUACAAUGAAGCGAAUCGUCUUGAUUUGCUAUGGAUUAUUCGUUACUAUGACUUUAAUGUCAAAUGCAUUGUUUGUCUCCUGGGACAAAAACGCCAAUUUGACCAAAGAUGACAUUUUUAUUGCUUUUCGGCAAAUUUACGUGCCUAAAGUAUUUGGUUCGGUGACCCCAGCCUUCAGAAAUCUCACCUCACAUUCACUGGAUGAAAGAUGCAGCAAGGGGAUGGCUCUCUCAAUAUCAUGGAGCUUGCAUGAGCCCUAUUCAGGAGUCCUAGGUCCAAAAAUUGGCAAGCAGCUUGGUUUUGCUGCACGCGGGAUAUUUCCAAGUGAGUAUGAACCCUAUCAAACAAAAAAUUCUAAUUUGUAGCUUUUUCCAGGCGUUCAGAUGGUGGUGUGCAGCGCAAAGCCAGAGAGCGGGGAAAAAAUAAGAUGGAAGAGAGGGGAGGGAAGCCCCCCAGUCCCCCCCUCUCUGUUUUUCCAUCCACAUAUCUUUGUGCCGUCCCCCAAUCUAAACGCCUGGAACAGACUGUCUAAUUUGUGGAUUUUGACACCAGAUUUUCAUGUAAGACCCUGGAAAAACUACGCCAUUUCUAAUGUUUAAGAGUAUGAAAAAAGAAAACAGAAAAGAGAAAGAUGAAAUUUCAGUUUGUGAUAUAACGUGGUGUGGGACAAUUGGGAAAGUAACAAUCAUUUUCACGGCAAACGGCAAACGUCACUUUGUACCACGUGACCAAACUUUUUCCCUUUACUUCAGUAUAGUCUAUUAUUUAUUGUAUAUUUAGUCUGAAUAAGUAGUUUUAUAUCAGGCUCAUCCAUAAGGAAUCAUUUCGCACGGUUUUGACAGCUCACGGCUAAUGUUAGCCAUCAAUAACCCGAAAUUUGACGUUUAGUUUUCAGGGGAUCAGUUACUCUGGGUGCCAGAGGUAUUUUUCUUGCGUGCAGUUGUCGACAGCAGGUCAAAUACCUUCUGCCGAAGCCACGAGCCUUGACCCGCGAUAUAAAAAAAAAUUUAACCCGGCUUGACCGACCUAAACCGGUAACCGCGCAUGAAAAGUAUUUUUUCACCCAAGCCCAGAAUACCGGACAGGGGAAUUCCAUUCGUAGCCUGCCAACGAAGACGUAUUUCCAGUUGCCGCUUGUCUCCACCGGAAAUAGUCUACGUUCGCGCAGGCUACAAUUAUACCAAAAACAACUCAUAGUGCAGUCACCCAAUGUUCGAGCGUUACCUUUCACUACAUUUUUCUCUCUAUUAACAGAUGUCGUUCAACAGAUCGUUCGAUAUUGCUGCAAUAAAAGUGAAAUUGUCUAUGGAAGAUUCCUUAAAAGUAUUCGGGAAGCAGAAGAUCACUUUUCAGAACAGAUGUACGACUUUACAUUCCCCGUGUACGUAUCAAAAAUGGAUAAAGAUCUCUAUAAAGAUCAACCGUUCGUUACCGUGGUAGCAGCACCGCGAGUCAUGCUUCUCGUGUAUGACAGUCCUCAGGUAACGUGAAAUACAGUAAACCUUCUUUAGCACGGACUGCGUUAGCAACGACACAAGGGAGGGGGGCUUACCAUUAGACAUAACUGGGGGUCCGGAACAGCCCAUUCGUAAAGAGGAUUCCACUAUUUACAGCGGAACUGUCCAUUCGGAGCAGUCUUUUUCUAAAUACUAUGAACAGCAGGGUUGGAUUUUUAGCGAAGACUCUCGAAAAAAGCCUGUUUCGUUUUCCAGAUGAAAAUCCUGGCCGGCCAGUUUCGACUUUGGGUAAAACCAAAAGCGCUCUAAGUGUCCGUCUUAGAGAGGUUUCCCCCUACAGAGCCUAAGUCAAGGAAAACGACUGAGAAAAGGUAAAAACAAACUCAAAGUGACCGUUUUAUGUCCGCUAAAAGGGAGUUGACUAGUGGUAAAUCAGUGAAUGCCAUUUGUAAGUUAGACAAAGGUCUUUUAAAUAAUGAGAAGGAAGAGUUUCAGGUUUUAAGAGGUUGUUUUCAUUUUUCAAGGGGCAGUAACUGAUUUAUUGUCGAAGCAUAUUAUUAAUUAUAACCCUUUCAUGGCCGCUCAUGAUAAAGGACAUUGCAAAACAGAUUAGCACCUGUUGAGGCUGACGCGGCAAGGCCUGACCUGAGAACGAAACUGACAACAUCUACCCCUCUCGGCGACGCUUACGAGGCACCAGGGGCGUAGCUAGGGGGGUCCUGCGGUGCCCGUGACCCCCCCUUGGUAGGCCUUCCUUUGAGCAAACAACCUACAAUAUUCAGGUGGCGAAAACACCAUGACAAUAUCUUGGCCGUAAAAGCCAUUGUUGAAAAGCCCACUUUUUUAAAAUUUGUUUUUUUGUAAAGUAUUUUCGUCAACGGCUCUUGUCUUUAGUUAAUAUGGGCGUGGAGGUCGACAUGACAAUCUGGUGAGUAGCCUCUGUGACCCCCCCCUUUGAAAAAUCCUGGCUACGCCCCUGCGCACGCAAGCUAAAUCCUCUCCAUCCAAUAUUUAGAUUAGCUUGGUUAUUCCUACUGGCAUUUAGGAACGCCCAUCAAGUCUGCAAAUAGAGCCUUUGUAGUUACCUACUAAAUCGUACUGAAAUAAGAGUUGUUAAAAAUAAAAGGAAAUGGGCACAAGGACCGAGUCUAAAAGAAUUGAACCUUCUUGUUCCACAGAAAACAAGGACGCAAAAUCUUGCUGAUACGAUAUUUAAUGCCUGGCCAUUCUUGAUAUUUAUACUGGCUGCCGCGGGAGCAUCUGGGAUGUCGGUCUGGUUAUUGGUAUGAUGGAAUUAUACUGGACUAGAUUAUUUUGAAAUAGAAAGUCAUAAAAAUAUAAGUCAUUUAGAAUCAAUAAUUUCUUUCGGUCCGCUUAAGAUAGUGAAAAUGACUUUGAGAAGGAGAAAUAGUUAUCACUGGACCGGAAUAUGAUGACAGAAGAACAAAAAUUACUUCUGAUUCUUUUUUAGAAAGAUGGAAAAAUCAUAGUAACCAAAGGAAGGGAUCAGAGGCCAAAAUCAAAACUAAAUCCACGUAUGGAUAGCUCAAAAUGCCUUUGUUGAGGUCUCGAUUGGAUUUUGGAAAGUUCAGUAGCUCAAAAGCCGAGUAGUAAAGUAAUAAUAAAGCUAAAAUAGUUGCGAAAGAACCUUAGAAUGUCACGGCGCUAAAUUAAAUGCAUGGUAAUCAGUUUUCAAUUGAUUUGUUUCCUCGUAGGAAUAUGUCUUCUUCUCGUCAGAAUUUUCCACCACAUUCGUCCAUGGAGCCUGGGACGGGUUUUGGUGGGCUGUUGUUACCAUGACAACUGUCGGGUAAGUGAUGUGAUUCCCUGCCGAUUUCUUUAAUUCUUGUUGCAUAUUUCCACAUUUGUCUAUUCUCUCUCCCCGGCCAAAUUACAACGCGUUUCCUCAAAGAUUUCCUUACAUAUUUUAGAAGGGGCGUAUGGAUCAAAUUUCCAAUACUUUUUCUCUAGCUGUGCAGCACACUUUUGCCUCUACCAAUGAACAACCGGACGACAAUGAUACGUCCAUAAAGCAAGCGAAGAAAGUGUCCCACAAAAGCGCAGAAUUUUAACAGACGUUUGUAUGGGGCAGUUCGUGCAACUCAACAAUACAAACGCCUGAAAAAUUCCGCGACUCUUGAAAGUUAUAUCUUCGUUUUAAUUAGUUUUUAACAAAUCACUUUCAAACUUGAGACAUUUACUGAUUUUAAGGCGCUCCUUCCAGCCGUGUUCACGGAUUUUCGUUAACUGUUUCCAGACAAAAGUUGAAAAAAUCGUGUAAGGGUCUAUUGCUGCAGUAAGUCAUAAGUCAUUCCUGGUAAACUACAAUUUAUAUCCAUUUUCACAAUCUAUGUUACUAUUUUUACUCCCUAAGGUUUGGGAGUAAAAGUCUGGUAACUUUCUCUCACUGUCUGUUCUCUGGUACAUGACAACCAUCGAAUACGACCUUCCUAUGAAGUCUGCGUUUGCAUCUAAGUCAACUCAAACCGACUAAAAUGACCAUACAAUUACUAUGAUGUCUCGGACCCAAAGCCCUCUGCUUUUCAACUUUUCAACUUUCAACUUUAACUUUAUUUAAAUUCGGAAAUAUAACAAAAGAUACAUUGGGACAAAGACAAUGAGCUAUCUGAAAUCUUUGUGCCCCCCUAGUUUCCAAGGGCUUGCUUCGGCCCUGAUUUGAAACACCUUAAUUUUGCUUCUCACCACUAUUAAACAAUUUUAUAAAAAUUUCGUCCUUUAUUAGGUAUGGUGACAGAUCACCGAAAUCUUUACCUGGGCGCCUCUUCUGUUUUAUUUGGAUAAUCACUGGUAUAAACAUCAUAUCGAUAUUUACUGCGUUGGUAACCGCUACAGUGACGGCAUCGACUCGACCUUACUUUAAUAUUCAUGGAGCAAAGGUAGUUUGAGUUCAUCUUCCACCAACUUUUCUUUUGUUUAGGGCAAUAUAACACCAAUCCAAAGUUAAUUCCCAUAGUAACUCAAAGGCCGGAUUAAACCUAAGGCUUUCAGCAACUUGUUCCAGGUCAACAGCUAUCAGAGCUAUAGAUACUAGUGGAUCUCUUUAUUUUAUGCUUAUCAAGUACAAAGAAUAAGAUCAAACUCUACUGCUUUGCGUAUCAUCCUUUGCAGGUCGGGGCAGUUAAUGGAAGCGAGGAGUUUCGUCUGGGUGUUAGCAUCAACUUCGACAUGAAAGGUACCACUUUACGGCUAUGUUAUGGUUUUUUUUUUUUUUGGCGAACAUAUAUUGCUCUGCCAUUAUGGCUCUUGAGUGCACUUACUGAAUCUGGAAAGGAAAUGACAUGCACAUCACUGUUCCUGGAUCAAUUAAUCAAUUAACUAGUGACUUGAAUGAAUGAUUGAUGUAGGUCUGGAGCGAGGGUGAAAACAGAGAGUGAGACAAGAAUCUUAUGCCCAAGCUUCGUGCCUUGAAAAAUAGAUUUUGAGGGGAAAAAAGAACCGACUGUUUUGUAGUUAGGUGUUUAAUGAGCUGUCCGUGAAAAAACUCAAUCCCUACGCCUCGGCAAAACUAUUCAAUUUAACCAUUACUAUUUCCUUUGGUUUUCACUGAGAUUCUGGGGAAACAAAAUUCACUGUUUCCCUCGGACCAGUCAUUGUAGGGGUUAUAUCACGGCUGGCGUCCGGGGAUGAAUUGUUAAUUUUGUAAAUAUAUAAUACCAAUUACACUCCCUUAUUCACUAUGAAAAUUGGAAAUUGUUUGUGAAUGAGAAAAUCGCAGCUUCGCAUCACACAAUUGUCUCCCUGCGUUAUAUCAAAUGUUACAAAGAACUAAUUUAAAGUGAAUUUUGAAAAAUGUUAGGGUAGCAAGUUUUCAAAACCACAACUGCAAUCCGUUUCUUUCUUCUUCAACUUUGUCCAUCUGUGCUUCCUUUUGUAUUUACUACGUGUAUGUUUUUUUAUACCUUCUUUUAACGUUUUGAACUGUAAUUGCGGAAUAUUUCACCCAACUUGGUGGCAGUUACAACUAUUGAAUUUUGAUAAAUUUCCAGACACAGCUCCUUUAAGUUUUAAGUGUUUUACCUCUGUUAACAGCAUUUGACACCCCUGCAAAAAUGACCACAGCACUGAUGGCUCAGGAGGUGGACGGAAUUCUGAUUGACAACUACGCAUUGACAAGGUUUUCUAAUUGGAUGGAGAAGGAACCAAUUCGUGUGGAGCGCACUAUUGAACAUCCAAUAACAUACGGCCUAGUACUGCCCACAGGGUCACCAAUCACUACACAGUGCGUGCGACGAUACAUGACAAACUUCGACCAUGAAAUCUUUGACAAUAUCGCCAAACACCUCAAACCUGUUAAGGUUAGGACAAGCGUUUAAGGGGGGUUAUAUUUCUUUUUUUGUAAAAGAGGAGGCAAUUGAUCACAAGGAAGAUAAGUACACCCGUCAGUAGCUAAAAGUGGCUCAGGGUCACCUUGCUAUGAUAGCGAACUGAUUGGUCUUAAUAUUAACAAGUCCCUCAUAUCUCUUUCUAAUUAAGACCAGUGUAACGAACAUCCUGUUACUGUGAAUGCUUCCUUAUACGAACCAUCGUACAGGGGCUGCCACUCUAAUCUAAACCAUUUACAUGUUUAAUUUUCAGUAAUAUUUACUCGUACAAUUACCUUUUCAAUACACACUCAUUUUUACUGUCGUUUCUGUAAAGUAUGUUCGUGCGGUUGUAUUUUUUAGCUGCGUAGUAAGCGUUCCUUGGCCGUACGACUAGGCGCAACAGAGAGAACAAAAACAAAAAUGAGGCGCAACCUUAAAAGAACGAGAAUUAUAUUAAGAGAUUUUUUCUAGAGAGACUAAGGGAAUAUAUUCAGUGGUGUACAGAAAGUAAUAUGUAGCGAAUUUAUUGUGAACUAGGACGUAGCGAAUUCGACAAGUGGCGAAACCGGUUGUUAGCCCACCACAUUUUUGUUGUCUUCCCACCACCAUCGCGGACACCGGCACUUUUCACCUACACGGCUAACGAUGAGCGUAAAUCUAAGAUUAAUUGACAGAGCAAAUACUUCAUUUACAGAUAUAUAGGGUUAGAGCUAACCAGACUUCAAAGAACUUCAGUUGACUGAUUGUGAUUUUCUCACCUGUAUCUUAACGUACAUGAUAUUAUUCAUUCCUUGUCAGAGUAAGAAUACUGAAAAGAACUAUGCAGUGAAAGAAGCAGAAGGCCUUUUCUAUCAAGAACAUCUCUUUAGCAACGUGGUCAGGAUUGGUGUUGGUGUUGUGUCUGGUCUUGUGUUCAUUGGGCUUGUGUGGGAAUUUUCAUGUCGAAGACGCAAACACGGUAUGUCCUGUGUGGGGGUACCGUAAAUGUGUUGUCUGAACGAACAAGAAUAUGGAUUGAUCAAUUGGCGAACUGUUUCAAAGGCCUUUUUCCAACUGGAGUCUUGUAGUUACAUUUCCGCCUAGGUGUAACAUAAGUAGACACCGUUAACCCGAGUUGUUUUGUAUAAUGUGCUAUGUAUAAGAUCCUAUGGUAUUAAUCCAGGCAAAAGAUUUAUGUUACUUGAUCAUAGCUGUGGUCACUUUCCUCAUAAUCAUCAGCAUUAUCAUUAUCAUUAUAGUAACCACAACCCUCACAAUAGGCCCUUCUGUGUCACCGUAUUUUCGCUAUCUUAGUCAUCAUAUUAAUCAGACUAAGUCUUACAUCAUAAUUUUCCUCUUCUGCAUCGCUAUAACUGACAUAUGAUUACCAGUCUGUAUUUUCUUGCAGCCAAAUCACAGUCAAAACAGCCUGUUACCAAGGAAACAGACACUGAAGUGACUCCUUUGACCAAGGAUAUAGGAAAGAAAGAAGAGCUUCUCUUUGAAUACAACAAAUUUCAAAAGCGCUGGAUGGACCAACUGUCAGACAUGAAGAACCGAAAGCCAUGAUUAUUGACAAUUAAACCCGAUUUGACCUUUUUGAUGACAAUUAAAACUGUAACCACAGUAAAAAGCUUUAGACUGUAAAGCAUCUAGUGUGAGGUAAAACGAAUCUGAUACUAAUGAGCAAAAUCUAUUGUUCUCGCUCAUUCACCAUCAGAACACAUGUGAAGUCAAACUUGUCCCCAGGGCUUUUUCAUUAAAAGUGGAAGUGCCUAGGAAAAUCCCUGGGGAGGAGGUUGAUGUGAAGUUGGAAGUUUGACCCGAGUUACUUUUCACACUUAACUAUUUUAAUUUUAAAAUUUGGUACUGAAGAUUUUACUGAUCCAGGUCUACUAAAGAUCCGGCUGACCCUCACUGGUUUGUCGUUUUGGUUUUAUUUGAUAAGUAUUUCUGAAACUUUUCACAAUCAAUCUGGAUGUUCCUGGUUCUGCUGAACCUCUGGCACAAAAUUUCGUUCCAACUUUGUCAUAAGUUUCAUUUUAUAGUAGUCCGCUCAGUUCUUAAUAAUUCGUCCAAAUUCAAGUAGAAGUAGCGAGGGUAAUUUUUGUCUAUUAUAUCUUCCCAUAAAAAGAUAAUCAAGAAUAACACCAAAGCCAGUUAGCUUUUUUUCUCGUGGGAGGGGUGGUAAGGUAGAAGAGGUGUGGUGGUUGGGAGUGGACUUACUGUAGUUGCUAGUUUGUAAUUUGCCUUUUUUUUCUUUUAUUCAGAG